UUUUGUAUUGUGCGUAGUUAUUCGUGUUAUAGUUUUCAGAGAUUGAGUAACAUUCCAGAUAAAGGUCGAUGAUUGCAGGAAUAUGAAGUUGUUGAAGAUAGAAAUUAUCUUCUGUUUCCUUCUGGCAUGGAUUGGUACAACAAUUUCAAGAUCACCUACCAAACCAGGAAUGGAGGAUUGGAUACCGAACACAAAAAAAAUGAAAUUAGAUCUGUCAUCGGAGAAAACUGAUCCCAAAGAGACAAUCUCGAAAGCUUUCACAGCCGCCUUGAAACAAUUCAAAUCUCAGAUACGUGCUCAGCAACCAGUCAUAAUCACCUUCAGCAUAACCACACCGGCAGGUAGCAGAGAAGACUAUGUGGAGAACAUAGAGCGCAUCUUCAGGAACCUCAUAAUAAGAAUGAUCAUGUACCCCACUGAAGGUUAUGUGAGUACUGAAAUAAAGAGCAGUGCAGAUGGUACAAUACCUGCUGUAAUCGUAACGGUGUCUUUGGUUUCACCUAAGGCUCUUGAGAAAGAGGACAGCCCCAAUGCAGGCUCCGUUCUUAUAGAUCUUUCGAAACCAGGAGUAGAGAUGAAUGACGUGUUGAGGAGAGCUUUAUCCAUGUCUGUGUCCAGUACUUCUGUACGUUACAACGGAAACAGAUCCAACGACAUCAAACUGAGGAUCUUACCGCCAACUGGAUCAACCCGCAACAAUGUCCACACUAUUAUCGCUAGUGUUGAGUACAUUCUACUAACCCUGGCACCAGACACAGAUUUUGGCAUAAAGACAUCCUUUUCUGAAGACAUAGAUGGCACUUUGGUCGACAUCAGGUGUGUUAUCAACAUCCAUAAAUUCAAGCCAAAGCACAAGAAUACCUUUGAUUUCGAUAUAGACCCCGCAAAGACUGGCUUAAAUGAGAGCAUCUCCAGCAUCUUAAAGGGUAUACAACCAGAAAUCAAUAUCAUCUUCAACGAGAAGAGACCAGUAUUUUUGAAACUCACGAUAAACCCUUCACCUAAAGCCACCAAGGAAUCCUUGUCUCUUAUAGCCAACAACAUAGUUUUAAUAUUGGACAAGGUAUAUCCCAACAGGAUUGAUGGAACAGCCAACGUUUACCAGAAUCCAGAAGGUGAAAUCACUUCCCUAGUUGUGGAAAUCGUGAUUCAGCCAGAAAAUAUGAUUGAAGUGGAUCUGUCUGAUCCCGAGGGAGCUAAUAAGGUGAAAAGUGCAGUCGUAAGUAAUGCACCAACAUUCAAAUCCAAUUCCUUCACUUUAAUUCUGAAAUCUCCCGAUAAACCUGACCCACAAAAAAUGGAGAAUAUGAUGCACACCUUGAGUUCUACCAUUUCCCAACGCUUCCCAGAAAACGAGCAAAGAUUCCAGGUAAGGCAAACAAAGAAUGCUCAAGGAUUAGUCACCAAAACGACCGUAGUCGUGACGAUAAAACCCAACACUAAAAAAAAUACGAAGAAAGUUAUCACUGUAGAUCUGUCCAAACCAGGUAAUGAUCUCAAAGAACGAAUUAUCGAAAUUAUACCAAGCUUGAAGAGCGCGUUCAACAAAGAGAACCCAGAACCUGUAAGUUUGACAGUUAAUAUCGUACCACCAAAGGAUUCCGAUGUAGAUUUAGUACAGAAAUCACUAUCGACAGUGAUAAUCAUCCUCAGUGAAACUUUUCCUCUUUAUAAAAUACAAUCCGAGGCUUCUGUCAGAGAAAAUCCGAAAUCCUUCAUCGAAGAUGUCAAGUUGGUGUUCACCAUCAACCCUCAGAGUUGUAUGGAUGAACAAAUGAUUUCAAAAUCACUGACCAUAAAUCUAGGCGACUCGUUGAGUGAGCUGGUACCCAAAUUCUCUGAAAUCCUACCGAAUAUCAAUGAAUUGGUGGAAACUGGUCAAACUGCAAAUAUAAAAUUGGAUAUCCAACCACCAGCUGGUUCAAAUGAAGAAACAGUCAAACGCAUAGUCAAAACUAUAGUUACUUUGCUGACCAAAUUGUAUCCAUACAACAAGAUUGGGUUCCAAGUGAAGAUUGUCAAGGACCAAGAAGGUACCAUCGAUGAUGUGACUAUUUUGAUCACGAUAGAACCAGUAGAUGAAAAACCAAACAAAAAGUCUCCUCCAGAAAUUAUCAACAUCAAUAUAUUUGAGCCUAGAAAAGACAUUACCAAACAAAUACUCGACAUUUUACCCACUUUAACUACAGCCACAGAUAAACUCAAGAAAGGAACACCUGUUGAAAUAAAUUUCAAUAUAAAACCACCGCAAGGAACAUCUAUUGAUGAAGUGAAAAAAUCUGCAAAUUCAGUGUUAACAGCAGUUUCUAAAGUUUAUCCACAAGACAAAGUAUCGGUUAGAGCUAAGAUCACGAGAACUGAGCGAAAAGUAAUAAAAACAUUCGUUGUUACAAUAAGGAUAGAGCCACAACCAAAUGAAGAAAGUACUACUGAAGCUGAAAUAGGAUCAACUACGCCUAAGAGCGUCAAUCAAAUAACUUUGGAUCUGUCAGAACCAGGAACGAAUGUUAAUAAUAAAAUUUCAAUAACAUUAACAGAAAUCAAGAAAGAACGAGAUAAGAAACCAGAAGGGGAAAAACCUAAUGAGUUCGUUCUGAACAUAAUACCACCAAAAAAAUCUAAUGAGAAAUUCGUCAAGAAUACAGUCAAUACGUUGUCAACUACUCUUCAAUCACUUUUCCCUUACGACAAAAUCUCGGUUAGUUUGGAUAUCUCGAAGAAAUCCGAUGAUACAAUCUCCAACAUAGUCGUCUACAUCAAAAUAUCACCAAAGAAACCAAAAACAGAAAAACCAACCUCUACCUCUCAGGUCCAUGAAAUAAUAAUAAACUUGACCAAACCUGGAACAGACAUUAUCAAAGUAAUUACACCAGAGUUACUAAAGAUCAAGCCUGAAGUAGACAAAAAUAUUAUAGAAAAACCAACAACAUUAAAAUUCGAUAUUGAACCUCCUAAAGAGUUAACAGAAGAAUCCUUGAAGAAGACCGUUGAUGUUAUAACUACUACCGUUACAGACAUAUUCCCAGAUAAAGAGAUUUCAGUUAAAUUGAAUGUAAGGAAAGACAGUGAGGGAAAUAUUAAACACAUUACAAUGAUUUUCGAGAUAAUACCUACCAAACCACAGACAACUACAAUAAAUCCAAAUACUGAUGAUUUAGGCACAACUAAAUCACCGAAAAAAAAUAUGGAAUUCAUCAUAGAUUUAUCCAAACCAAAAAAUAAUAUAGACGAAGAGAUAAGAAGAAUACUGCCUGAUGUGCAUGAUGAAGUCAUUCGGAAGCAAUCUAAAGGCAAACCUGUGGAUUUUGACUUCAAAAUUACACCUCCUACGAAUGCUUCUGAGAUAUUGGUGCGAAAGACAGUGAAAUACAUCGUAGAUAUUUUCACGAAAGUCUUUCCUAAUAAUGGAAUGAAAUACAAAGUCAAAUUAGAGAAGCAUACUAAAGACAUAUUUUCUAAAAUUACAGUCACCCUUACAAUAAUGCCUAGUAAAGACGAAAAGUAUCCGUGGAUGAUAAAUUUGAACACAGUAAGUGGAUCCCCAAUCACAGAAGAAAUACCACAAACAACUCCAUCAAUGGAUGGAAAAAAUGAAGAGAUGUCCACUGCAACUACACCAUAUAUAAAAGAACCGAAAGAGACUACUUUUACUAUUGACUUAACGAAACCAGGCACAAAAUUGAUUCCAAUUGUUGAAGAAAUCAUUCCUAAGAUAUCUCCAAACAUCAAGCCGAAAUUAGACAAAAAUCAUCCAGUUACAUUGACAUUCGAUAUCAAACCUCCCAGUGAUUCCGAUGAUAAAUUUCCAAAAGAAACCACAGAAAAGUUGGUUAAUACAUUGUCGAAAUUCUUCCCCGAUGAUGUCAUCAAGACUAAGACGAAAAUCUUGAAGAAACCAAAUGGUAAACCAGACAAAAUUGUUGUUGAAUUGACUAUUGAACCAUCAACCCACCAUGAAACAACUGGAACCACACCAGGAACUGAUGAAGCCGGACUAACAACUCCUUCAACUGAUGAAAGCAAUGAAAAUACAUCACCUGGCUCAUCGACAACACCAUCUACCGAAAAACCGAAGAAAACUACUUUCACAAUUGACUUAACAAAACCAGGCACAAGUUUGAUUCCUAUUGUUGAAGAAAUCAUUCCAAAGAUAUCUCCAAACAUCAAGCCGAAAUUAGACAAAAAUCAUCCAGUUACAUUGACAUUCGACAUCAAACCUCCCAGUGAUUCCGAUGAUAAAUUUCCAAAAGAAACCACAGAAAAGUUGGUUAAUACAUUGUCGAAAUUCUUCCCCGAUGAUGUCAUCAAGGUUAAGACGAAAAUCUUGAAGAAACCAAAUGGUAAACCAGACAAAAUUAUUGUUGACUUGACUAUUGAACCAUCAAGCAACAAAGAAACAACCGGAACUACACCAGGAACAUCAAGAACUGAUGAAUCCCGACUAACAACUCCUUCAACUGAUGAGAGCAACGAAAAUACAUCACCUGGCUCAUCGACAACACCAUCUACCAAAAAACCGAAGGAAACUACUUUCACAAUUGACUUAACAAAACCAGGCACAAGUUUGAUUCCUAUUGUUGAAGAAAUCAUUCCAAAGAUAUCUCCAAACAUCAAGCCGAAAUUAGACAAAAAUCAUCCAGUUACAUUGACAUUCGACAUCAAACCUCCCAGUGAUUCCGAUGAUAAAUUUCCAAAAGAAACCACAGAAAAGUUGGUUAAUACAUUGUCGAAAUUCUUCCCCGAUGAUGUCAUCAAGGUUAGGACGAAAAUCUUGAAGAAACCAAAUGGUAAACCAGACAAAAUUAUUGUUGACUUGACUAUUGAACCAUCAACCCACCAUGAAACAACUGGAACCACACCAGGAACUGAUGCAGCCGGACUAACAACUCCUUCAACUGAUGAAAGCAAUGAAAAUACAUCACCUGGCUCAUCGACAACACCAUCUACCGAAAAACCGAAGGAAACUACUUUCACAAUUGACUUAACAAAACCAGGCACAAGUUUGAUUCCUAUUGUUGAAGAAAUCAUUCCUAAGAUAUCUCCAAACAUCAAGCCGAAAUUAGACAAAAAUCAUCCAGUUACAUUGACAUUUGACAUCAAACCUCCCAGUGAUUCCGAUGAUAAAUUUCCAAAAGAAACCACAGAAAAGUUGGUUGAAACAUUGUCGAAAUUCUUCCCCGAUGAUGUCAUCAAGGCUAAGACAAAAAUCUUGAAAAAACCAAAUGGUAAACCAGACAAAAUUAUUAUUGACUUGACUAUUGAACCAUCAAGCAACAAAGAAACAACCGGAACUACACCAGGAACAUCAAAAACUGACGAAUCAGGGCUAACUACUCCCUCAACCGAUGAAAGUAAUGAAAAAGAAAAAACAUCACCUGGUUCACCGUCAACACCAUCUGACAAAGAAACAUCAACUUAUCAAGAAACAACUCGAACUACACCUGGAACAUCAAGAACUGAUGAAGCCGGACUAACAACUCCUUCAACUGAUGAAAACAAUGAAAACACAUCACCUGGCUCAUCGACAACACCAUCUACCAAAAAACCUAAGGAAACUACUUUCACCAUUGACUUAACAAAACCAGGCACAAGUUUGAUUCCUAUUGUUGAAGAAAUCAUUCCUAAGAUAUCUCCAAACAUCAAGCCGAAAUUAGACAAAAAUCAUCCAGUUACAUUGACAUUUGACAUCAAACCUCCCAGUGAUUCCGAUGAUAAAUUUCCAAAAGAAACCACAGAAAAGUUGGUUGAAACAUUGUCGAAAUUCUUCCCCGAUGAUGUCAUCAAGGCUAAGACGAAAAUCUUGAAAAAACCAAAUGGUAAACCAGACAAAAUUAUUAUUGACUUGACUAUUGAACCAUCAAGCAACAAAGAAACAACCGGAACUACACCAGGAACAUCAAAAACUGACGAAUCAGGGCUAACUACUCCCUCAACCGAUGAAAGUAAGGAAAAAACAUCACCUGGUUCAUCAUCAACACCGUCUAACAAAGAAACAUCAACUUAUCAAGAAACAACUCGAACUACACCUGGAACAUCAAGAACUGAUGAAACCGGACUAACAACUCCUUCAACUGAUGAAAGCAAUGAAAAUACAUCACCUGGCUCAUCGACAACACCAUCUACCAAAAAACCUAAGGAAACUACUGUCACAAUUGACUUAACAAAACCAGGCACAAGUUUGAUUCCUAUUGUUGAAGAAAUCAUUCCUAAGAUAUCUCCAAACAUCAAGCCGAAAUUAGACAAAAAUCAUCCAGUUACAUUGACAUUUGACAUCAAACCUCCCAAUGAUUCCGAUGAUAAAUUUCCAAAAGAAACCACAGAAAAGUUGGUUAAUACAUUGUCUAAAUUCUUCCCCGAUGAUGUCAUCAAGGCUAAGACGAAAAUCUUGAAGAAACCAAAUGGUAAACCAGACAAAAUUAUUAUUGACUUGACUAUUGAACCAUCAACCAACAAAGAAACAACUGGAACUACACCAGGAACAUCAAAAACUGACGAAUCAGGGCUAACUACUCCCUCAACCGAUGAAAGUAAGGAAAAAACAUCACCUGGUUCAUCAUCAACGCCGUCUAACAAAGAAACAUCAACUUAUCAAGAAACAACUCGAACUACACCUGGAACAUCAAGAACUGAUGAAACCGGACUAACAACUCCUUCAACUGAUGAAAGCAAUGAAAAUACAUCACCUGGCUCAUCGACAACACCAUCUACCAAAAAACCUAAGGAAACUACUUUCACAAUUGACUUAACAAAACCAGGCACAAGUUUGAUUCCUAUUGUUGAAGAAAUCAUUCCAAAGAUAUCUCCAAACAUCAAGCCGAAAUUAGACAAAAAUCAUCCAGUUACAUUGACAUUUGACAUCAAACCUCCCAGUGAUUCCGAUGAUAAAUUUCCAAAAGAAACCACAGAAAUGUUGGUUGAAACAUUGUCGAAAUUCUUCCCCGAUGAUGUCAUCAAGGCUAAGACGAAAAUCUUGAAGAAACCAAAUGGUAAACCAGACAAAAUUAUUAUUGACUUGACUAUUGAACCAUCAACCAACAAAGAAACAACUGGAACUACACCAGGAACAUCAAAAACUGACGAAUCAGGGCUAACUACUCCCUCAACCGAUGAAAGUAAGGAAAAAACAUCACCUGGUUCAUCAUCAACACCGUCUAACAAAGAAACAUCAACUUAUCAAGAAACAACUCGAACUACACCUGGAACAUCAAGAACUGAUGAAACCGGACUAACAACUCCUUCAACUGAUGAAAGCAAUGAAAAUACAUCACCUGGCUCAUCGACAACACCAUCUACCAAAAAACCUAAGGAAACUACUUUCACAAUUGACUUAACAAAACCAGGCACAAGUUUGAUUCCCAUUGUUGAAGAAAUCAUUCCUAAGAUAUCUCCAAACAUCAAGCCGAAAUUAGACAAAAAUCAUCCAGUUACAUUGACAUUUGACAUCAAACCUCCCAGUGAUUCCGAUGAUAAAUUUCCAAAAGAUACCACAGAAAAGUUGGUUAAUACAUUGUCUAAAUUCUUCCCCGAUGAUGUCAUCAAGGCUAAGACGAAAAUCUUGAAGAAACCAAAUGGUAAACCAGACAAAAUUAUUAUUGACUUGACUAUUGAACCAUCAACCAACAAAGAAACAACUGGAACUACACCAGGAACAUCAAAAACUGACGAAUCAGGGCUAACUACUCCCUCAAAUGAUGAAAGUAAUGAAAAAACAUCACCUGGUUCAUCAUCAACACCGUCUAACAAAGAAACAUCAACUUAUCAAGAAACAACUCGAACUACACCUGGAACAUCAAGAACUGAUGAAGCCGGACUAACAACUCCUUCAACUGAUGAAAGCAGUGAAAAUACAUCACCUGGCUCAUCGACAACACCAUCUACUAAAAAACCGAAGGAAACUACUUUCACAAUUGACUUAACAAAACCAGGCACAAGUUUGAUUCCUAUUGUUGAAGAAAUCAUUCCAAAGAUAUCUCCAAACAUCAAGCCGAAAUUAGACAAAAAUCAUCCAGUUACAUUGACAUUUGACAUCAAACCUCCCAGUGAUUCCGAUGAUAAAUUUCCAAAAGAAACCACAGAAAUGUUGGUUGAAACAUUGUCGAAAUUCUUCCCCGAUGAUGUCAUCAAGGCUAAGACGAAAAUCUUGAAAAAACCAAAUGGUAAACCAGACAAAAUUAUUGUUGACUUGACUAUUGAACCAUCAAGCAACAAAGAAACAACCGGAACUACACCAGGAACAUCAAAAACUGACGAAUCAGGGCUAACUACUCCCUCAACCGAUGAAAGUAAUGAAAAAGGAAAAACAUCACCUGGUUCACCAUCAACACCAUCUGACAAAGAAACAUCAACGUACCAUGAAACAACUGGAACUACACCAGGAACAUCAAGAACUGAUGAAGCCGGACUAACAACUCCUUCAACUGAUGAAAGCAGUGAAAAUACAUCACCUGGCUCAUCGACAACACCAUCUACCGAAAAACCGAAGGAAACUACUUUCACAAUUGACUUAACAAAACCAGGCACAAGUUUGAUUCCUAUUGUUGAAGAAAUCAUUCCUAAGAUAUCUCCAAACAUCAAGCCGAAAUUAGACAAAAAUCAUCCAGUUACAUUGACAUUCGAUAUCAAACCUCCCAGUGAUUCCGAUGAUAAAUUUCCAAAAGAAACCACAGAAAAGUUGGUUGAAACAUUGUCGAAAUUCUUCCCCGAUGAUGUCAUCAAGGCUAAGACGAAAAUCUUGAAGAAACCAAAUGGUAAACCAGACAAAAUUAUUAUUGACUUGACUAUUGAACCAUCAACCAACAAAGAAACAACCGGAACUACACCAGGAACAUCAAAAACUGACGAAUCAGGGCUAACAACUCCUUCAACUGAUGAAAGCAAUGAAAAUACAUCACCUGGCUCAUCAACAACACCAUCUACCAAAACACCGAAGGAAACUACUUUCACAAUUGACUUAACAAAACCAGGUACAAGUUUGAUUCCUAUUGUUGAAGAAAUCAUUCCUAAGAUAUCUCCAAACAUCAAGCCGAAAUUAGACAAAAAUCAUCCAGUUACAUUGACAUUCGAUAUCAAACCUCCCAGUGAUUCCGAUGAUAAAUUUCCAAAAGAAACCACAGAAAAGUUGGUUGAAACAUUGUCGAAAUUCUUCCCCGAUGAUGUCAUCAAGGCUAAGACGAAAAUCUUGAAGAAACCAAAUGGUAAACCAGACAAAAUUAUUAUUGACUUGACUAUUGAACCAUCAACCAACAAAGAAACAACCGGAACUACACCAGGAACAUCAAAAACUGACGAAUCAGGGCUAACAACUCCUUCAACUGAUGAAAGCAAUGAAAAUACAUCACCUGGCUCAUCAACAACACCAUCUACCAAAACACCGAAGGAAACUACUUUCACAAUUGACUUAACAAAACCAGGUACAAGUUUGAUUCCUAUUGUUGAAGAAAUCAUUCCUAAGAUAUCUCCAAACAUCAAGCCGAAAUUAGACAAAAAUCAUCCAGUUACAUUGACAUUCGAUAUCAAACCUCCCAGUGAUUCCGAUGAUAAAUUUCCAAAAGAAACCACAGAAAAGUUGGUUGAAACAUUGUCGAAAUUCUUCCCCGAUGAUGUCAUCAAGGCUAAGACGAAAAUCUUGAAGAAACCAAAUGGUAAACCAGACAAAAUUAUUGUUAACUUGACUAUUGAACCAUCAACCAACAAAGAAACAACCGGAACUACACCAGGAACAUCAAAAACUGACGAAUCAGGGCUAACAACUCCUUCAACUGAUGAAAGCAAUGAAAAUACAUCACCUGGCUCAUCAACAACACCAUCUACCAAAACACCGAAGGAAACUACUUUCACAAUUGACUUAACAAAACCAGGUACAAGUUUGAUUCCUAUUGUUGAAGAAAUCAUUCCUAAGAUAUCUCCAAACAUCAAGCCGAAAUUAGACAAAAAUCAUCCAGUUACAUUGACAUUCGAUAUCAAACCUCCCAGUGAUUCCGAUGAUAAAUUUCCAAAAGAAACCACAGAAAAGUUGGUUGAAACAUUGUCGAAAUUCUUCCCCGAUGAUGUCAUCAAGGCUAAGACGAAAAUCUUGAAGAAACCAAAUGGUAAACCAGACAAAAUUAUUAUUGACUUGACUAUUGAACCAUCAACCAACAAAGAAACAACCGGAACUACACCAGGAACAUCAAAAACUGACGAAUCAGGGCUAACAACUCCUUCAACUGAUGAAAGCAAUGAAAAUACAUCACCUGGCUCAUCAACAACACCAUCUACCAAAACACCGAAGGAAACUACUUUCACAAUUGACUUAACAAAACCAGGUACAAGUUUGAUUCCUAUUGUUGAAGAAAUCAUUCCUAAGAUAUCUCCAAACAUCAAGCCGAAAUUAGACAAAAAUCAUCCAGUUACAUUGACAUUCGAUAUCAAACCUCCCAGUGAUUCCGAUGAUAAAUUUCCAAAAGAAACCACAGAAAAGUUGGUUGAAACAUUGUCGAAAUUCUUCCCCGAUGAUGUCAUCAAGGCUAAGACGAAAAUCUUGAAGAAACCAAAUGGUAAACCAGACAAAAUUAUUGUUAACUUGACUAUUGAACCAUCAAGCAACAAAGAAACAACUGGAACUACACCAGGAACAUCAAAAACUGACGAACCAGAGCUUACUACUCCUAAUGAAGAAAUAAUGAAAUGGGUGACUGGUGUAAACUGGCUGACAACCCCUUCAGAAAUCAUAGAUGGGGAGUUAACAGAUGUAACAGAUUCAACUCAAAAAAAUACUCCUAAAGAAUCUACAACACCUAGUGAAGAACUAACAGAGUCAACCACACCUUCUGAAGUUGAGGAAACUACAAUCACCAUCGAUUUGUCCAAACCUGGAACCAAUUUGGAUGAUAACAUCGAAGAACUAAUUCCAUCUAUCGAUCCUUUAUUAGAUGAUAAACAACCAGUUCGUUUGACUUUCAAAAUAAAGCCCCCAAUAGGAACAAAGUCAAGUAACCUAGAUGAUAUCCCUAAAAAGCUCAUUACCAUUCUAGGUAAGUACUAUCCUAAUAAAAAAAUCAACAUCAGAACUAAAGCCAAAAAGGAUAAUAAGGGUUUCGUUACCGAAAUCAUUACUCAGAUAAUUAUUCGGCCAACAUCUCCGAAAAAACCACAGGACUUAAAUAUAGAUGUGGAUCUAUCCAAACCAGGUUCCUCAUUGCCAGACGAAGUGACCAAUAUUAUACCCGGAGUAUUACCUAAAGUGCAAAACGAAUUGAAGAAAAACAAACCGGUUACCAUGACUUUCACAAUAAAACCACCAAACAAAUCUACGGACGAGGAUGUGAAACCUAUGAUCGAAACAUUAGAUGAUAUACUGUCUAAAGUAUUCCCUAAAAAUAAGAUUGAAGUGCAAUUAAAUAUCAAGAAGAACCCUGAAAAUUAUUUGACGGAGAUAACUGUGAACGUUAUUAUACUGCCUAGUGACACACAAAAACCUAAACCCGAAGUUGUAGAUAUCGAUCUUACCAAGCCAGGAGAAACUUUCGUUACACAAGUAGAUAAAAUUCUACCAAAGAUUAUACCAACUAUAAACAAACCUUUGAAAAAAAACAAGCCAGUUACAAUCUUCUUCACAAUAAAGCCAAGUCCUGGAUUGACUCAAAGUUAUGUCCCUGUCAUAAAAAAGACUUUGGAAAAUAUUCUAAAACAGUAUUUCCCGCAAGGUACAGUAAUUAUUGAUGUGAAAACUAAAAAAGAUCCUCAGGGCUAUUUAACAGACAUAGUCGUAGAAACAACCCUUCAGCCAAAACCUACAAUAACGAUAGAUUUGAAGGAAUCAGACACUACAUUAGAUGAUCAAGUGAAAGAUAAGUUGCCAACUGUUAUGAAACACAUCAAAAAUAGGUUGAACAAAAAUGAACCCGUUACUUUGAGUUUCGAAAUAAAGCCGCCAUCCAAAUCUACGGAAUCUUACCUACAAGAACUUACUAAAUCUUUAGUAACUAUUCUAACAAAAUACUUCCCAGAUAAUAAGAUCAAGGCAACUGUGAAGGCACAAAAGGAUCCUGACGGUUAUAUUACUGAUGUUACUAUUGAUAUAAACAUUGAACCAUCUUCAACUGUAACUACAGUAUAUUUAGACUUGAAGGAUUCAGACACUCCAUUGCAUGAUCAAGUAACAGAAAAGUUGCCAACAGUUAUGAAACAUGUCAAGGAUAAGUUGAACAAAAAACAACGUGUUACCUUAAGCUUUAAGAUAAAACCACCAUCUGAAUCCACUGAAUCUUACCUACAAGAUCUGACAAAAUCCCUAGUCAAUAUUCUAACCAAAUACUUCCCAGAUAAUAAGAUCAAGGCAACUGUGAAGGCACAGAAAGAUACUGACGGUUAUAUUACUGAUGUUACUAUUGAUAUAAAUAUUGAACCAGCAUCAACUGUUACUACAGUAUAUUUGGACUUGAAAGAUUCAGACACUCCAUUACAUGAACAAGUAAGAGACAAGUUGCCUUCAGUUAUGAAGCACGUCAAGGAUAAAUUGAACAAAAAACAAUCUGUUACAUUAAGUUUCAAUAUAAAACCACCUUCUGAAUCUACUGAAUCUUACCUACAAGAUCUGACAAAAUCUCUAGUCAAUAUUCUGACAAGAUACUUCCCAGAUAAUAAGAUCAAGGCAACUGUGAAGGCACAGAAAGAUUCUGACGGUUAUAUAACUGAUGUUACUAUUGAUAUAAACAUUGAACCAUCUUCAACUGUUACUACAGUAUAUUUGGACUUGAAAGAUUCAGACACUCCAUUACAUGAACAAGUAAGAGACAAGUUGCCUUCAGUUAUGAAGCACGUCAAGGAUAAAUUGCACAAAAAACAACCUGUUACAUUGAAUUUCAAGAUAAAACCACCAUCUGAAUCUUCUGAAAGCUACCUGCAAAAAAUAACCCAAUCUUUGGUAACUAUUCUAACAAGAUACUUCCCCGAAAACAAAAUCAAGGCCACUGUGACGGCGCAGAAGGAUUCUAAUGACUAUAUAACCGACGUAACUGUACAAAUAAAGAUUGAACCCUCUUCAAGUACAACUACAGUAUAUAUAGACUUGAAAGAUUCAGACACACCAUUACAUGAUCAAGUAAGAGACAAAUUACCGACAGUUAUGAACCACGUCAAGAAUAAGUUGAACAAAAAACAACCUGUUACAUUGAGCUUCAAAAUUAAACCACCAUCUGAAUCCACUGAAUCUUACCUACAAGAUCUAACAAAAUCUCUGGUCAAUAUUCUAACCAGAUACUUCCCAGAUAAUAAGAUCAAGGCAACUGUGAAGGCACAGAAAGAUUCUGACGGUUAUAUAACUGAUGUUACUAUUGAUAUAAACAUUGAACCAUCUUCAACUGUGACAACAGUAUAUUUAGACUUAAAAGAUUCAGACACUCCAUUACAUGAACAAGUAAGAGACAAGUUGCCAACAGUUAUGAACCACGUCAAGAAUAAGUUGGACAAACAACAACCUGUGACUUUGAGCUUCAAGAUAAAGCCACCUUCUGAAUCUACUGAAUCUUACCUACAAGAUCUGACAAAAUCUCUAGUCAAUAUUCUGACAAGAUACUUCCCAGAUAAUAAGAUCAAAGCCACUGUGAAGGCACAAAAAGAUUCUGACGGUUAUAUAACUGAUGUUACUAUUGAUAUAAACAUUGAGCCAUCUUCAACUAUGUCUAUAGUAUAUAUAGACUUAAAAGAUUCAGACUCUUCAUUACAUGAACAAGUAAGAGACAAGUUGCCAACAGUUAUGAAUCAAGUCAAGAAUAAGUUGGACAAACAACAACCUGUUACUUUAAGCUUCAAGAUAAAGCCACCAUCUGAAUCUACUGAGUCUUACCUACAAGAUCUGACAAAAUCUCUAGUCAAUAUUUUGACAAGAUACUUCCCAGAUAAUAAGAUCAAGGCCACAGUGAAGGCACAAAAAGAUUCUGACGGUUAUAUAACUGAUGUUACUAUUGAUAUAAACAUUGAACCAUCUUCAACUGUAACUACAGUAUAUUUGGACUUGAAAGAUUCAGACACUCCAUUAAAUGAACAAGUAAGAGACAAGUUGCCAACAGUUAUGAACCACGUCAAGAAUAAGUUGGACAAACAACAACCUGUGACUUUGAGCUUCAAAAUAAAACCACCAUCUGAAUCUACUGAAUCUUACCUACAAGAUCUGACAAAAUCUCUAAUCGAUAUUCUUACAAGAUACUUCCCCAAUAAUAAAAUCAAGGCCACCGUAAAGGCACAGAAGGAUUCUGAUAACUAUAUAACUGAUGUAACUAUCGAUAUAAUCAUUGAACCAGUCGAAACUACUACAAUUUAUUUAGACUUGAAAGAUUCAGAUAUGCCAUUGCAUGAUCAAGUUAAACAAAAGAUGCCAAAAGUCAUGAACCACGUCAAGAAUAAGUUGAAUAAAAAAGAACCAGUUACCUUGAGUUUUAAGAUAAAGCCACCUUCUGGGUCCACUGAAGCUUACUUGCAAGAGUUGGCUAAUUCUUUAGUUGAUAUUCUAAGGAAAUACUUCCCCUACAACAAGAUCAAUGUUAGUUUAAAUGCAGAUAAAGACUCAGAUGGCUACCUAACCAAUGUUACCAUAGGAAUACGAAUACAACCUGCUGCAACUAAAUCGCCCAAUGGUAGUAAAGGUUUCAUUGUGGAUAUCGACCUAGCAAAUCCUAGAGGCACACUCGACCAGCAGGUUGACACUACCAUUCCGAAUAUUUUACCACAAAUACGGAACGAACUUGACAAAGGCAAGUCCGUGCCCUUGAGUUUCAACGUACUACCUCCACAGGGUUCUGGACCUGACUACCUGCAAACGUUCACCCAGUCUUUGCUACCUGUCUUGAGCAAGUUUUUCCCAGGAAAUAGGAUGAGCAUAAAGACGAGAGCUAGACAGAACUCUGAUGGUUACUUGUCCAACAUUGUUGUAGAAAUUACUAUUGUAGGAGAAAAAGUUCAGCGAGACAAUAUAGAUAUAGAUUUAACAAGACCUGGAACCAGCUUGACUGAAGAAGUUUCUAAUAAUCUACCCUCAAUUAUGCCUUAUCUAAAGAAUGAAUUAGCGAAUGGUAGACCAGUGACUCUGACUCUCAAUGUAAGACCUCCAGCUUAUUCAGAUAGAUCCUUCAUGAGACAAAUAGGAAGGCAGGUGCUUUGGGUCGUGCCACAGUUCUUCCCACAUAACCGUAUGGGUGUUAAGACUUCAGCUAAACUAAAUAGCGAGGGUUAUUUAGCUGAUAUGGUCCUCAGAGUUAAAAUUGAACCGUAGGUUUACAGAUCCAUGAAAGCUUUGAAGAUUCAAGCUAUAUUCACUAAGUCAAAUUCUACGUAGAUACAAGGAUCAUCUAAAUCUGAAUAUAGGUUUAAUCGAUUGUUAGUCUCUUUUAUUUUUAAAACAUUCACUUUGUAUAAAUUUAGCUACUUAAGUGUGUAAUGAAUUAUAUCCAUUGUUGUAUCAAUAAACGCACAAAAAAUU